UGUGGCAACAGCGACACCUCGUGUCCGGGAGGGUGGGCGCACGCACCGGAUACGUGCUCCAUAACUGUCCAUCACAUUUUCCUGGUGAUUUGCAGAAAAGUAACUCAACUUUUUUUUCAGCCUUUAAAGACUUCAGGGAUGUGUAAACAUGGAACAUCUCGUUACAGCAGCUGCCCGGGCAGAAACAGUCAGCUCGGUCAACAGGAAGUAGCUCUAGCAUCACAAGCUAGCUCGACCCAUAAAAUGAAGUGCGAGAGGCUUGUGUACUUUUGUAAAGAGGAACCCAGAGCAGGGACAGUGCUCCCUGCAGAGGCACCAGAUGUGCGCUGUUAUGGAGAGCCGGAGAGAGGGGCCUUUUGUGAGGCAUCAGAUAAGCCCUGUUCCCAAAGCCGGGCUGGAUCGGGUAUCAUCAGCGGGUGUACGAGGGGCCGAAACCCAAGCCCUGCGCACUGGAUCGGGUUUCUGUUUACACGAGCGUGGUCCCUGGAUUCCUCCAACCAGAGCAAAACGAGGACGGCUGGAGACGGGGAGGAGAGAGGUUCUGAAACAGGCCUCUUGUUCACGCCUGUCUGUCUACCUGACUGUCGCUCUUGCAUGCGGUUCAGUGAAAGUUCUACGAAAGCGACAUUUAAAGGAGUCUCCACCGGAUGCUGUGUUGUCGCCGCCGCCAGGUGUUGACGGUGUCGGAGGGGAGAGAGCGCUGAUUGUUCGGCGGCGGAGCCUCCAGCCUGGAGCGCACGCGUGUUCAGUGGACUCGUAUGGUGUGAAGCCCCAGAUGAGGGACUCAGACGGCCGGGAAUGACAGCCGCUGUCACCGGGAGUGACAGCUUUCACUCGGAGUCGCUCCGCGAAUAAAAACAGAGACACCUCCGGCUGGACGCGCGGCGACACUGAUCCGGAUCGGAUCCAGCCAGAACCAGGACUAUGCCAGAGAUGGAGAAAGGGAGACCACCGGAAAAUAAACGCAGCAGGAAACCUGCGCACCCCGUAAAGAGGGAGAUCAACCAGGAGAUGAAGACAUUCGCAGAAAGCACCAUGAACGAGCUGCUGGGAUGGUACGGCUACGACAAGGUGGAUCUCAGAGAGUCAGAGGCCAACGAGAUCCGAAACUACAGAGAGAGGCGUCAGCACGUGUCGGUGCUAAAAGAAAACUCAUUGCCAAAACCCAAGAGCCUGGACGCCAAAGUCAGUCACUCGGUCCUCGCCAUGAAGAGCGGAGAGAGAGAGUCCUCGGGUGUCCCCUCCUCCUCCUCACCCUCCUCGUCCUCAACGAGUUUAUCCCUGACCACCCCGAAAGAGCACAAGGGUGCCCCGGUCAUCGUCCCCCUUAUAAAACCAUCAGCAGUGGAAGAUGUACAGAAUGUGCAGAUAGUGUGUGUUUGGUGCCAGAAGGAAGGGGUGAAACGCUACUCCCUGUGUAUGGGUUCGGAGCUUAAGAGCUUCUGCAGUGAGAAGUGCUUUGCCGCCUGCAGACGGGCCUACUUCAAACGCAAUAAGGCCAGAGAUGAAGACCUCCACGGUGAGAGAUCCCCUCAGCACCCUCACACAGAGGACUCGCCCAGACUGGUGUUGAAGAUAAACAGCAAUGUCAGAUCUCUCUCCCCUGUGCCACAGGUGUGUGAUUGGUGCAAGCAUGUCCGUCACACUAAAGAAUACCUGGACUUCGGGUCUGGCGAGGAGCGACUCCAGUUCUGCAGCACCAAGUGUCUGAACCAGUACAAGAUGGAUGUUUUCUACCGAGAAGCCCGCGCUGCUCUCACCAGCUCCAGCCCGAGCAGACCCAGCCAGGAGGGAAGGGCGGACAGCAUUGUGACUGGACAGAAGCUUCUCACUCCUGAGUCUUGGAGCAGCAGCGGUGCAGCAGAAGCUCGUCAUAGAAACCUUUCGCCCAAAGGCCCUACGCCGAACCACGCAUCAGCAGAAUCCACCUCCAUCUCCCCCUCAGAAGCUUGUAAUUCCAGGGUGGCUGUCUCUGGGCUGAGGACACUGGAGAGACCCAUCCAGCCUCCUCCACAUCCCCCUGCUGUGGAAGUGUCACCUCACCCUACUCCCCUACAUCCUCCACCUCCUCCUCGUCCCACUCUGGAACACCAGCAGGUACCUCAAAUGCCUAUGCCCUUCAUCAGACCUCCUCUUCAUGCUCAGGGCCUGAAAAGCCCCCUUGCCAACCCCCCCAGACACCCAGGACCCCCCUCCAGCCCUAUCCACAGACCUCCUCACUCUCCUCACCUGCAGCCCCCAACCUCCUCUUCCAUGAAUCCGCCAGGAAUGAUGCAUCCUUUCCCAGGAGCCUACUUCCCUGGCCUGCACUCUCCUCCCCUGAACAUGAUGCCAAGAGGCCGUGUCCCGAUGCCCCACAUGAUGAACUAUGGCAUCCCUUCUUUUAGCCCUCUUCUGCCCCAACCUACUGUCCUGGUGCCUUAUCCCAUCAUUGUCCCACUUCCGGUCCCCAUACCCAUUCCUAUCCCCAUUCCAGUCCCUUCCAAGUCAACCCUAGAAACUCCAAGUCACAGUGGUGUUAUCCAGCCUGUGCCAGAGGGGGCAGACAGGGGUAGAUCCAGGGCCACUAGGCUGUCAUCUCCAGGGAUCACAGAAGGGGACACCAGAUUGGGAGCCAACAAACUGACCUUUACUCAAGGUCUCCCCUCACCAACUGACCCCAGCACAAGGGACACAGAUUGGGUUAAAAAAGAGAGGUUAUUCCCCUCUCCAACAUCCACACCCCACAGUGAAUCAUCCUCCCCCAGAGCACGCUACAACGACUCCCCCUGCUCAGCCCCAGAGUCAGAGGGGCUGACAGACUAUAAGCAGCAGCAGUCGGAGCGACAAGUCAUCCAAAGGGUUCUUCAAAGGACCCAAGUGAAGCUGGGGCCCAGUGCCAAUGGAGUGGUGGAUCUAUCAGGGUUGGGGGAGUCAGGAACAGGGCAGGGUACCAGAUCAGGGCUCCACGACAUCAUCAGACCCACCCCUUCUCUACCACAGUGCCCUUCACCUGACACUGUCUACCAACACCAGGACUCCCACACUCCACCUUCAAACACCCCGCCUAGCCCCACUGGAAGCAGCCAUCCAUACGAUGCUACACCCUCUGCCCUGACAUCUCGGGGCCCCAGUCCAAAUGGGAUGUCCCCCUCACCUGCCAGUCCAGACUCCUCCUUACCCCAGAGAAUACCAGCACCACCCUCUGACCCUGCACUCAGUGAGCUGGAAGCUAUCAAAGAGAACAAGUGCUCUGUUGUUGGUCCAGUGCGGGUUGAGGGCCCAGUCAGUCAGUCAGAGGAGCCCUUAGCAGUAGUUGGGGACGUAGGAGAGGACCCCCAUGUUCCUGAUGAGGACCAUGCCUAUGCCCUGCCCACAGCGCCAAAGACAGGUGGGACCACCACCCCGCUGCUCUUGCCCAAACUCAGGGACAAGGGUAGCCUCCGGAGCCCUGCUAAUAUGCCCAGUGCUGGAGACAUGGAGCCAGCUUUGAAGAGGCGGUGCCUACGAAUCCGUGAUCAGAAUAAGUAGAGGAUGGAGACUCCCUGUUUAACACUGUAUGGCGGUGCCAGAAUCAGUGCCACGCCCUCUCGUGGACAACGCCAGUGCUAACACCCUCCAGCCAGUCCCUCAGCCUGUCAGCCCAUCAGAGUGUCGCUCUGCCUGUAGACCAGCAGGGUGCCAACCCAGGAAGCAGCCCAGAUGGCCACAUUCUCACAAGUCAUCGUGGGGGGAAGAACACAGCACAGUCACACAUUUUGUCUUGGACCAAAGAGUAUUACUGGCUGGUGUGUGAUGUUGUGUUCAGUGAGCGCCUGAAAUGGAGCAUCUCUGCUCAUGCUUCGCUCUUCUUGUCUGACAUUGCCCUAAAGUGUGUCUGUGUCUGUCUGUGUCUAUGUGUGUGUGUGUGUGUGUGUGUGUGUGUGUGUGUGGCUGCCCAGAUGCGCUCCUCCUCCUCUUCCUCCUCCUCCUUCUCCACCACCUCCUCCUCCUCUUCUUCUCCUUGCUGUACACAGCAGACAGGGCUCUGAUCAGCCUUGUGUGGUCUUCUCAGAUGGAGCCUGAACAUGAUCUCUUUCCAGGGGAAACGGUUUGUUUUCUCUGCCCGGCUUGCACAAAGAGCCACAUUGUUCCUCUCCCCAUAUCCCACGCUGACUCCCCACUCCAGGUUUUGGGUUACCUGGCCGACGGGGGCUCAGACUUCAGGAGCUUUUUUUUUUUUUUUUUUUGACCGACAGCCAGGAAUAUAGUAUACCCUCUUCCCCUCCACCUCGUGCCCAAUCUAAAUACGGUACACAGUAACAUACUGGUUCUGAGAUUUGGUUCCUCACAACUGAUUGCCUGUGAGUCCCUGCUCACUCCUUUCAAGGGAGGAGAGAUUAAGACUUCAUCCUGUGUGGAGAGAGCCUGGCUGGGCUGUUAAGACAAAAGACUGAGCAGUAAAGCAGGAAAGGAUGCUCCCUCUGCCUCCUCUGAAACAAUAUAGACCAUGAGAGGGGAAACAGAGAAGUCUGUCUGUGGACACUUAUGUCGUCCUGACGACGCUGGUCCGUGAAUGUGUGAUUUACAGACCCUCACCUUUCAUCUGAUCUGCCAAAGCUUUGAUAGCAAAAACAAUGCCAGCUUUCACGGCGCAUGAUAGUUUAAAGGGACAGUUCACCCCAAAACAAAAACAAACAUAUCUUUCCUCUCAUCUGUAGUGAUAUUCAUCCACCUAGUUUGCUUCGGUGUGAGCUGCAGAGUUUUCUACAGACAUCAGCUGGAGAGAUGUCUGCCUUCUCUUGACUGUAGUGGAACUGAAUGGUGCCAGAAGCGGCAAAAAAUUCCAGUUAAUGUACUUACUCAAAAUAAUCCACACACCUUAUUGUGAGCAGUUUCAGGUGCUAUUACUACUGCAAAUGUUUUCUCCCUGUAUCCUGUAUCACCACGUGCCAUGCAGUCACUCAUGGACGAGUGGCUAGCUAACCUGGCUAGGAAGCGUGAGAGAUCGAGCUGUGUGGUUUGUCUGAAGUAAUCAGGUCAUGAUUUCUGGAAAGAGACAUUGCUGCUGAUGUGUCAUGGCAUGCGUCCCCCUGUGCUGAGCUAUAGCAUAAGCAGGAUUAGUUCACUAGCUUCUGUCAAGGGCGUUACAGUACAGCCCGGACACAAGAGUUGGAGACGGUGCUCACAAUGGCACACAAAGCCAAAAUUGCUCAACUUCCUGGCUAUAGAAGUACCCGGAUCUUCCGUGUUGUGGGGCCUGAAGUGCAUCCUUGCCAUUCAACUUCUGGUUUAGCAUCCGGCUAACUUACGUAGCGGUCAAAUUAUUUAAUCUUGUAGCUCUUCUAGACUUCCCAAAGUUUAUUGGACUGAAUGGCUCAAAUUAUGACUCAUUUCACAAGGGUUUAGAUGCUCAGAAAUAAUUAUCCACCAUUUUUACAGCCGCUUUGUUCACGAUGCAAGUGUAACUUUGGCUCGGGUGCAUCACGUCAUGUGAUUGUACUGUUUGGCCUCUACAAACGUUGCCUUCAAAGCCUGGCUGUCCUCCUGGGGGCUUGGCCUGUAUUCCAUGAGUAAUUGCACACUUUCUUUCUGCAUGGUGAUGCAUAAGGAAAAUAGUUCCUACAUGAAACAACUCACAGCAAGGUCUGUGGAUUAUCUUGAGGAACUGGGUCAUGAUUUCUAAAGAGAGAAGUUGCUGUUGAGUUUUUAAAAUGUUUUGUUUUGUUUUGUUUUUGCUCUCUGAGCACCACAAGCCGAAAUACCAUCUACAUCCAUUAAGAUACAAGAGAAGGCCAACAUCUCUACAGCUGGUGUCUCCAAAACUCUGCAGCUCACACCGAAGCAAACUAGGUGGAUUAGUCUCACUACAGGUAAUGGGAACAAUGUUUUGUUUUUGGAGUGGGAUGUCCCUUUAUCCGAUCCUGAUUCUGAUGUUUUUAACGUCACUGUCUCUGAUCAGAUGAUUCUAAAAAAAAAAAGAGAGAGAGAGAGAGAAAGAGAGAGGCAUGUAAUUUUACCAAAUGUGGUAUUAUACUCAACCGUCACAUGCUGUCGUAUGCAGCGAUCAGUAUUACAGUUCCCUCUGUUGGGGAUACCUGAUGAGAUUUGAUCACUUAGAGGCUUUGCAACACUUUUGUCCCAUUGUAAGAUUUCAAGUUUUUCUAGUUCACAGUUAUAUGUUAUAUUAACUUAUGGAUGAUGCAUAUGUAGAUUUUCACAAAAAAAGUGCUUUAUUUCUUCACGUCCUUUUCUUCGAUGAUUGUAUUUUGAGUGCCGAAGCUCUUAAAAGCCCCUUCUUGUCUUUAUGUUUGUAUACUGUAUGCCCACUAGAGAGCAGUGUUUGCCUUUGUAACUUUGCACCUGCCCCCACCUUUUUUUUUUUUUUUUCCAAGAAAGCACCCAGAGGCCAAUAGGCAUACUGCGGAAACCCAUACGAUCACACAGAACACUUCACUCAGUGCCAGCUGACCGAUACCCAAUGCCAAGUAGAUAGCUUUCCCCUCCACAUCUCGCUUCCAUUAUUCUCUCAUUACAUCCCAAUUUUGCCAACUGUUACAGCUGUGUCAUACCAAGAAGACCCAGGGUGCCCCUCAAGGCCUCCUCUUAAUGAAGAGUCCCACAGUCCCCCGGGAUACAUAAUCAUCAUGACCGACCCCUAGAAUAACUCCAAAUGUGACCCACCCCUGCCAUCAUUCCAAAACUACAUGCCUAUGAGUUUGUGUGAUUGUGCGUUUUGUGUGCGUGCCCACAGCAGCGACACACGUAUCCCCCCCCCACUCAUUCCAGCCUACAUCUUCACCGCGGGUCAUGCCGUUAUGUUAGUGUCAUCCUCGGCUGGCCAGGGGACUUUAGUCAACAGCACAUGUGAGUCAGCGAUGACAUCACGGCAUGCAUAUAGCUGCGGUGUCAACAAGUGCUGCUCUGCUCUGACGCCAGAGGCCAAAAAAAGACGCUGUCAAGACUGCCAACCGUUGGUUUUAUUGCACAUUUUAAUCAUUGCCAUUUCUGACCUGAUACAGGAUGUGUGUUGAUCCAAAUGUUUGGACAAAAAAACAAAAAAAAAAAGACUUUUGUGUCAGACAUUUUGUUGCUGUUUUUGCCUGAAAUCCAUUGGUACUUUCUGACCGCCUCCCCUGUCGAACAUUUAGCCCCACUGUCUGAAUAGAUUAUUCACAGAUUGUUUGUAUUUGAAUAUAGAUUCAGUUACGGAGAGCUUUGGUGGAGACCUCUUUGUAAAGUAAAAUAAAUAAAAGUUAUUCUAAGAGCAAGGA